AUUACGGAGCCUGAGUUCGGGUAGUGGGAUCUGCAGACUGGGUUACGGUGAACUGGGUUCUCUGUAGGCCAGUAGCCUCACCUGGCUCGAUUCCCCUGCAGUUCAUGGAUAUGGAAGUCAUAAGAAACAUUUUCUGAGGUUCAAGGUCCAGCUUGUUUCAUUGGGACUCUGCACCAGAUUUGAACUGAACUACGUUCAAGCUUACUAGGUUGCUACGAUGACCUUGAACUUACUGGCUGAACCUCCCAAAUCCUGGGUUUAUAGGCAGACACUACUAUGCCUCUUUAUGCAGUGCUGGUUAUUGAACCCAGAGCUUCCUGUAUGCCAGCCGGGACAGCGAGUCAUGGAGCUGUAUUUUGGUGAAUACCAACAUGUUCAGCAGGAAUAUGGGGUUCACCUGAGACUCGCUAGUGAUGACGCCCCGAAGCCAAGGAAUUCCCAGUCCUCAAAGGCAGGCUCCUAUGGUGUCAGCAUCAGGGUCCAGGGAAUUGAUGGCCACCCCUACAUAGUCCUGAAUAACACCGAACGCUGUCUAGCAGGUACACCUUUUCCAGAAAACGGGCCAGCGUUCCCAUCAUCAGUGAUAAAUAAUAUGUCCUUACAUCCCAGCAACGGGAGCAUGUUGAAGGAGAACAGUCCGGAGGAGCUGCAGCUUCCAGAAAACCCAUACCUGCCAACCAGCCUGAUAAGAAACCAGAAGCAGGCUUCCCUCCAUGAGGGCAGGAAUGGAGUUGUAGAACGCAAAGACGGGCCCACAAAACUUCCCCACGUGCUCAACUAUCAGAGGCACCCGGAGCUCCUGCAACCCUAUGACCCCGAAAAGAAUGAGGCAAGCUCAAAAAAGCAUCAUCCUCCGGAGAGCCCCUGGCUGAGAAACGCACCGGAGGAAGGGGCCAACUACAAGAAGCCUCGGAAUUCCUUUUCCAAACCUUGCGGUUCCCAGCCCAACAGCCCUACUUUGGAAGAUCUAGCCAAAACCAACGCGACAGCAAUCCGUCUCUGCAGCUCCGUGGUCAUAGAAGACCCUCAAAAGCAGACCUCAGUGUGCGUGAAUGUCCAGAGGUGCACCAAGGAGGGGGUGGGAGAGGAGGCCCUUUCCCCUCGACGGAAAUCGCCAACUGCCCCCAGCCCACAGGUCUUCUCCGAAACCAAGAAAAGUAGGCCAGAUGUACUACCCUUCCGGCGACAAGAUUCCGCAGGACCCAUCCUGGACGGAGCUCGGUCCCGGAGGUCAUCUUCGUCAUCCACGACUCCCACCUCAGCCACUUCCUUGUACAGAUUUUUACUUGAUGAUCAGGAAUGUGCCAUCCAUGCGGACAACGUCAACCGCCAUGAAAACCGAAGGUAUAUCCCCUUCUUGCCAGGAACUGGCCGGGAUAUCGACACCUGCUCUAUUCCUGGUGUGGACCAGUUAAUUGAAAAAUUUGACCAAAAGCCCGGGCAUCAGAGAAGAGGAAGGUCUGGGAAGAGAAACAGGAUCAAUCCGGAGGACAGGAAAAGAUCCCGAAGCGUAGAUAGCGCAUUUCCGUUUGGUCUCCAGGGAAAUACAGAAUACCUCACCGAGUUCAGCAGGAACCUGGGCAAGUCUAGCGAACACCUCCUCCGGCCAUCCCAGGUCUUCCCGCAGAGGUCGCAGGCCCCGGAGCAGCGUGGGAAACACAGCCCAAGCUGCACCCUUGCAAAACUGCAGGGUGCCACCCAGGGUGCCCACACCAAGGCUCCCCUGCAGAACAAAGAUGGGAAAGUUCUGAACAAAGGAAGCCAGGAAAGCUCCCUUCCAGCGCAGAAUAAAAAAGAGGAAGAAAUCAAAAUAGCCACCGCCACGUUGAUGUUACAGAACCGGGCUGUGGCUGCCACACCGGAUUCCGGUGCCAAGAAAAUUUCCGUGAAGACAUUUCCUUCCAACUCUAAUACGCAGGCCACGCCAGAUCUCUUAAAGGGCCAGCAGGAGCUCACGCAGCAAACCAACGAGGAGACGGCCAAGCAGAUCCUUUACAAUUACCUCAAAGAAGGAAGCACAGACAAUGAGGAUGCCACCAAAAGGAAAGUCAACCUGGUCUUUGAGAAAAUCCAGACUUUAAAGUCUCGAGCAGCAGGGAGUGCACAAGGAAAUAACCAAGCUUCGAAUUUUUCCUCCGAUAUCAAAGACCUAUUGGAGCAGAAGAACAAAUUGACCUUAGAAGUGUCUGAACUACAGAGGCAGCUGCAGCUAGAGACCAAGAACCAUCAGAACACCAAGGAGGAGAGAGAGAGGAUGAGAGAGGACUUAGAAGAGCUGCAAGGCCGGCACCAGAGCCAAGUGGAGGAGAUGGCCGCCCUGCAGCGCCGGCUGGAGGACAGUGAAGGCGAGCUGCGGAGGAACUUGGAGGAGCUGUUCCAGGUAAAGAUGGAGCGGGAACAGCACCAGACAGAGAUCCGAGACCUGCAGGACCAACUGUCAGAAAUGCAUGACGAACUGGACAGUACCAAACGGUCCGAGGACAGGGAGAAGGGAGCCUUGAUCGAGGAGCUCCUGCAGGCCAAACGGGACCUUCAGGAUCUGCUCCUCGCCAAAGAGGAGCAGGAAGAUCUCUUGAGAAAGCGGGAGCGCGAACUGACUGCCUUGAAGGGUGCCUUGAAGGAGGAGGUUUCCAGCCAUGACCAGGAGAUGGACAGGCUGAAGGAACAGUACGAUGCCGAGCUGCAGGCCCUCAGGGAGAGCGUGGAGGAGGCAACCAAGAAUGUGGAGGUCCUGGCCAGCAGGAGCCACUUGACAGAGCAGAACCAGGCAGGGGCUGACCUGCGAGAGAAAGCGCUGAAGGAGGAGAACGAGAAGCUGCAGGGGAGGAUUGCGGAGCUGGAGCGCAGACUGGCCCAGCUGCAGAAGCAGAUGGAGGACAUGAAAGGCGAUGAGGCCCACGCAAAGGAGAUGCUCCGCAAGUGCGAGAGUGAAGUCCAGCAGCUAGAGGGAGCCCUUGUGCAGGCCAGGCAGGAAGAAAAGGAAGCUACCUCUGCCCGAAGGGCGCUGGAGAAGGAGCUGGAGCGUGUGCAGAGAGAGCUGACCCAGACCGCCCAGGAGCAGAAGGAGCUGUUAGAGAAACUCCAGGAAGAGACCGAGCAGAAGGAGCAGCUGAGGAAGCUGAAGAACGAGAUGGAGAGCGAGCGAUGGCAUCUGGACAAGACCAUCGAGAAGCUGCAGAAGGAGAUGGCGGACAUCGCCGAGGCCUCACGCACGUCGUCUGUGGAGCUGCAGAGGCAGCUGGGUGAGUAUAAGGAGAAGAACCGCCGGGAGCUUGCGGAAAUGCAGACUCAACUGAAGGAGAAAAGCCUGGAGGUGGAAAAGGCCAGAUUGGCAGCUGUGAAAAUGCAAGAUGAGCUGCGCCUCAAGGAGGAAGAGUUGCGGGACCACCAGCGGGCUGAGGACGAAGCGCUCACGAAACGGAAGCUUCUGGAGCAGUCGCUGAAGGAUCUGGAGUACGAACUGGAGGCCAAGAGUCACCUCAAGGAUGACCGCAGCCGGCUCAUCAAGCAGAUGGAGGACAAGGUGUCCCAGCUGGAGAUGGAACUGGAAGAAGAAAGAACCAGCGCUGAUUUGCUGUCUGAGAGGAUUACGUGGAGCAGGGAGCAGAUGGAGCUGAUGAGGAGCGAGCUACUUCAGGAGAAAGCUGCCAAGCAAGACUUGGAGUGUGACAAGAUUUCCCUAGAGAGACAGAACAAAGACUUAAAGAGCCGGAUUGUCCACCUGGAAGGUUCCUACAGGUCCAGUAAAGAGGGCCUGGUGGUGCAGAUGGAGGCCAGGAUCGCAGAGCUGGAGGACCGACUAGAGAGUGAGGAGAGGGAUCGGGCCAACCUGCAGCUCAACAACCGAAGGCUGGAGAGGAAGGUGAAGGAGCUGGUGAUGCAGGUGGAUGACGAGCAUCUGUCACUGACUGACCAGAAAGACCAGCUGAGCUUACGCCUGAAAGCCAUGAAGCGCCAGGUGGAGGAGGCUGAAGAGGAGAUCGACAGACUGGAGAGCGCGAAGAAGAAGCUACAGCGGGAGCUGGAGGACCAGAUAGGAGUGAACGAGCAGCUGCAGGGGCAGCUCAACUCUAUGAAGAAGGGCUUAAGACUCAAGACGCUGCCCAGUAAAGUCCUGGAUGACUCGGACGACGACGACCUCAGCAGUGAUGGGGGAAGCCUCUACGAAGCGCCACUGAGCUAUUCCUUUCCCAAAGACAGCCCCAUCACCAGCCAGAUCUGAGCCCGCUUCCAGGCCUGUUGAUCCCACUGCAGCCAUCCAGAGCAGAAGGCACAAAAGGGGACUUGUGGAUGACGUCAGACUCACCUCACAUUCCUUCCCAGGGCCUCUGUGUGGCUGAGGGACCUUGGGUCUUAGAUAGGGAGCUGUUGAAGUUGAAAAUGACCUAAUGGGGACAACUUGGAAAACGCAGCUAAGACGAAGCCCUGCUGUGCACCACUGUCUGCUGCCCCGAGAAAGGUUCCAAAAUGCUAGCUGUAAUGAGAUAGCCACAUGUAGGGAUGAAGUGUAUAGACUGUACAUAUUUUAAACCAGACCUUCGCAAGGACUGCUGCUGUUCUACUUUAGAAUGUUCCAGAGCCUUUGCAGUGUGACAUCUUUGCAAAGUUCACACAUCCAUACGGAUUAUCUUUUAAAAUAUAAAGCUACCCGAUCUCAAGUAUUACAAAGCAGAGGCACGGGGAAAGAGUGAAGGCUACUCUGGAAAUCAGAGGGGUCAGGCAGUGGAAAGGUAGCCCUGGGUUGUAUGGGAAAUCUGCUCAUUGAUGGUAGGGAGGGGACUUUUGCGGAGUCUGUGUCCUUGGUUGCUUAUUUUAUCUAAACCAGGCUUGGAGCACUUCCCACUCCCCAGUUUCUUUCAAGCAGGUAGAGUGGGGAUGCAGAUGAGAUCUUUAACAAGUGCUGUGCUUCUCAAAGGACAGGAGUCCUGUUGGUAUGUCUCAUUGGCCCUUUUCCUCCAUGGCAGGCCUGCAAGCGAUGCUCACACAGGCCUGGAUUUGGAGGGGUAGGAGGGGCUGUGAGAUGAGGUUUAUGGGCUUAGGUGGGAGGCACCCAGGAAGUUCAUAGGGAAAGGAACACAGGAAGACAUGGAUGUGGAGCUGAUGUAAGAAGGAAUACAGAGAAGUUCUUGAAAGCUGGAGGAUGUGCAUGAAGGGGGUGGGGGGAGUUGUGUUGAGCUGGAGCUUGGAAUGAUGGGAAGAAGGAAAGAAAUUGGGGGUGCUUGCCAUCUGAAGGGCGUUUCCAGGAAUGAGGCGAUGUGAUCCUAGAGCAAGUGCAUGAUGCCAAGGUGACCUUGGGAGGAUGCUGGGUAUCCCUGCAUAUCUCCUGGCCUACCUGUAUCACCUCAAAUUGUGACAGUGAAAAGAACCUUGUAAGUUGGCUAUGUGUGUAAGACAGAGGUGACAGAUGUUGAAGCAGGGUCUCCAAGCUUCCUGAUGUGGGGACUCCUGGAGACCAGGUUGCCAUGACCUGCCCAGCGCAGGUCACAGAGGUCACCCAACAGAUUUAAAGUGGAAGGAACUGAAGGAGGAACAUUUGCUACUGGAGGUGUAAUCAAAUUCUAUUACACCUCAUGAGGGUCACUUUCACCCUCGACACAGCUGGGCAUGGAGAGGUUUCCCUUUUCAGUAAUUCCUCCAUUUAACAAAUAUACACUGUCCAUCAAAGUGUGUCAGGCACGGACUGAGGCACUAGAAACACAGUGUCAGGAAGUAAAACGUCUGCCUGUUGGGUUGGGGCUGUAGCUCAACUGGAACACUGCUUGCCUAGCUUGCAGGAAGCCCCGUGUUUAAUCCCCAACUCUAUAAAUAAGAUAUGGUGCCCGCGUGCCUGUAAUCCCAACACUCAGGAAGUGGAGGCAGGAGAACAAAGAGUUCAAGGUCAUCCUUGGAUAAACAUUCAGUUCCAGGCCAGCCUGGGAUGUAGGAGUCCAUAGGAGACCCUGUCUCAAACAACAACCAACCUCUGGCCUCCUGGAAUCCAGGAAGGAGUGGGUGAUAGAUUGACUUACAGGCUGAACCCGUUAUACCCAGCCUUUGUGUCCUCUGUCCUCUUGGGAAUUUGACAGCCUGCAGCUGCUUGGCUGGUCCCCCAGAACUCACAGGAAUUAUUUGGCUCCUCAUGCCUUCAUUACAUACUUGCAAUAAGCCUAGAAAUGCCACAGCCUGCUUACACCCCAGAGAUUCAGGUAAGAAAAGUCAAGACGUUGAGGAAGGGGUGUUUGUUUUGGGGCUUGACAAAAUCAGCCAGCCCUCAUUACAGUCAGGUCUUUCUGGUAGCCAUGGGAAAUAAAGGAAAACAGCCCUUGGAAAGAGAACGGAAGCCACCACUGGAAACACAGAGACACCCCCAAAACAGGGAGGCUAGCCAGGGUCAGGUGCGUGGUCUCCUGUACUGUACUGGAGUGCGCAGCAAGUGGGCUGUGUGUGGUGGCACAACACUGAACCGAGAUUUAGAGAGAUCGUCACAAGUCCCAAGCUGCUCUCUUCUCCGCAGUCUUGACAGAUGCAUCCUGGGACAAGGUGAGGAAUAGGGUCCUAGGUCCUUCUCAGCCUGACCCGGUCACCAUUCCUCUGUUUCUUAUGUAUACGUGCUUUUCCGUUUAUUGCUUUAAGAACUAAUCCUGCUCAAGAGGAUUUUCUUUAGCUAGCUUAAAAAUAUGUUGUGUGAACACAUGUUGCCAAAUGCAAUGCUGAGAAGACAAUCACUGUAUGGCUUUUAUAAUUUUUUUUUCCUGCUUCCAUGUGUCAUUCCGCCAUGACAAUUGGUAUACUCAGUGGGGCUUUUGUUUUUCAGUAAGUUUGCUUACUACGUGUUGUCAUGGGGAAGAGACACUUUUAUCACGGCUACCUCUAUGCAAGUAAUUUCCUGGAUAAAGCAAGAUUUCCUUUCAAUAAACUGUCACCCGACAGGAA